AUGAUUGCUACUACUAUUGGAGUGCCGAAAGCAUUGGAUUCGUAUACCUCAUCGAUGUGUUUGGAUAUGUGGGGCCGUAACAGCUAUGCUAGAGCUUUAAUAGAGAUUUCGGCUGAGAAGAAGUUAAGAGAGGAGAUCACUUUAGCUAUUCCUGAACCUGACGGGGAGGGAUUCAUUAAGGAAACUAUGUCUGUUGAAUUUGAGUGGGUUCCGCACCGGUGUGGUCAUUGUUGUGUGUUUGGCCAUUCUGAUGACUCUUGUCCGCACCACCCGAAAUCUCAACAUGUUGCUCGUAACAAUACGAAAGCUGGUAAACAGCCAGUGAUCGACGAUGAUGGUUAUACAGGUGUUUAUGGCAAGAAGGUCGCGAGAAGAGUUGCUUUUCCUAUCAACAAGCCAAAGCCUAAGUUCGAGUAUAGGCCUGUGACUUCGUCUAAGUCUCAGGAUGGAGCCAAUGGGGCAUCUGCGUCUACUUCCUGGUUUCAAUCUACUAAUCCCUUUGAUGCUCUUAAUGAUCCUAAUGUUGCCGAGGUGGAUGGAAAUAAAUCCGGGGAGGGUCGAGGUGGAGAUGGGGACGAAGAAGUGGAAGAGGUGUUUAAUGAAGCCGAUGGUUACGGGAUGGACGCGGGUUUGAACCGCCCCAUCAAGCAAGCGGAGGUUCGUCAGGCAAUUAAAGAGUUUAAGUUGAGUUUCUGUGCGAUUCUUGAGUCACACGUUGAGCUGAAUAAUCUUCCUCAUAUUUGUAAGUCGGUUUUUCGGUCUUGGCAUUGGGCGUCUAAUGGUGAUCGUUGUGAUAAAGGUACCCGGAUUAUUGUUGGCUGGAACCCGAGUAUUUUUGAUGUUAUGGUUCUUUCUGUUUCGGAUCAGGUGAUGCAUUUACAGCUGAAUUUUAAAAACGAGAAAAAAAUGGUAUUUUGUUCUAUUAUCUAUGCCGCGAAUUAUUAUGUUACACGCAGGGAGUUAUGGAAACAUCUCACUUUGCACAAGGUGUUUGUUCGUGAUGCUCCAUGGAUCAUGCUUGGCGAUUUUAAUUCGGCUCUUAAUCUGGAAGACAAAUCUAUGGGAUGUUCAUCUAUUUCGGCUAGCAUGAGGGAAUUCCAAACAUGUGUUGAUGAUAUUGAGAUGAUAGAUUUAAAUCGCUCGGGUAGUCAUUUCACUUGGAGUCAGAAGCCGAAAAAGGGGAUUGGUUUGUUGAAAAAAAUUGAUAGGGUUAUGGGGAAUUCGCAGUUUAUAGCUCAGUUUCCUAAUGCGGUGGCUAUCUUUCAUCCGGCUCGGUUAUCGGACCAUAGCCCGUGUGUUCUGAAAGUGCCAGACGAGGGGAAAGUUAAACAUAGGUCUUUCAAGUUUGCCAAUUUUCUCAUUCAUAAGCCGGAUUUUUCAGCUAUUGUUAAGCGUUCUUGGGAUACGAGUAUUAGAGGGGUGCCGCAGUUUUCGGUGGUUAAGAAGCUUCGGUUGCUUAAGUCUCCGCUUCGAGUCCUUCUUUUUCAGCAAGGGAAUCUGCACAAGAAAGUUCUUGAUCUGAGGGCAAAGCUCGAUGACAUUCAGCAAAACAUCGAUAUAGAUCCGUCUUCGUUGUCGUUACGAGAGGAAGAGGCUAGUAUCCGACGUGUUUAUCAAGAAGCCCUUCUAGAUGAGGAAAGAUUUUUGAAGCAAAAGUCCAAAGUGGACUGGUUGGCGGCCGGGGAUUGUAAUUCAGCAUAUUUUCAUUCGGUUCUCAAGAAUAAAAUUCACUAUAAUCAUAUUGAUGCGAUUCAGGAUACUAGCGGGAAGGUUUUUGAAGGGACUGCGGUUCAAGAAGCCUUUGUUAAUCACUAUCAAAAUUUUUUGGGCUGCCCGGGAGUCACGUCCUCGUGGCCGUCCCCUGAGCUAUUCUCUUCUACCUUGGAUGAUGAUGUUGCGGCGCAUAUGGUUAGACCGGUUACAGCUGAAGAGGUCAAAUAG